UUCUUGCAAAGGGCCAUUGUACAUGGUGAUAGAAACUUCUACAACCUAAUCAAUCAUAUAAAGUUUUGGAAACUGAUAAGACAAUUGAAGUUACAGAGGCUGUUCCCUUUGACUCAAUUCAUUUCUUCUCUGAAUAAACUUCUAUUGAUGCUCCCCUCCACGUUCCAUUCUUGAGUAUCCUUUGUAGUUUGUACCUUCCUGAGACUCCCACUUCAGAAACCAUGGGUAGAGCUCCUUGCUGUGACAAGGCAAAUGUGAAGAAAGGACCAUGGUCACCAGAAGAAGAUGCGAAGCUAAGGGAGUACAUAGAGAAACAUGGCACCGGAGGGAACUGGAUUGCCCUUCCACAAAAAGUUGGUUUGAAAAGAUGCGGCAAGAGCUGUAGACUAAGGUGGCUUAAUUAUCUUAGACCCAACAUUAAGCAUGGCCAGUUUUCUGAUGUAGAAGAUAAAAUAAUCUGCAGCCUCUUUGCUAGCAUUGGAAGCAGGUGGUCCAUAAUAGCAUCUCAGUUGCCAGGGAGGACUGACAAUGAUAUCAAGAACUACUGGAACACCAAGCUUAAGAAGAAAAUGAUGGCCAUGAAUGCUUCACCACAGAGAAAGCCUCAACAAAUGACCCUUUUGUCCAUCCUUCAAAGCUCAACAUCAUCUUCAACAUUGUCCUUCAGAGACAGCAACAACUCAUACUACCACCCCCAAGGGUCCUUUUCCUACUCCUCAAGUCUUCUGAGUGGAAAUAACUCUUCUGUUUCUGCUUCCGCUGAUUCCUUUUUUCAAGCACAAGAGAGUUUGGGGGUGAAGUGCCAAUUCAAAGAUAGCAUUAGCAACAAUAGCACCUUUGUGUUUGGGGGUGAAGCCACUAGUUGCUUCCGAUGGGAGCUGCAACAACUUGAGUCAUGCCAUGGAGCCAGAGUUUGGUGAUGCAACUUUUGUUGGGGCUAACCACCUCUACAGUGUGGCGGAAGAUACUACUCACAAGUUGAUGUUCUCCAAUGCUGCUAGUGGUAGUGUUAGUGGGUGGACAGACAAACAAAAUGGAUUGUGGGAACAAAAUCCUUUGGAUUAUGGCGAUCUAGAGGAAAUUAAACAGUUAAUUGGCACUAAUAACAGUUGCAAUAAUAACUUUUUGUUUGAUGACAAGAAGACAGAGGAAAGGGUCUCGUACUACUGAUAUGAUGCUGACUUUGGUUAAAAUUAAGAAAAUUGAGGCUGAAGAUUUCAGACUUGUGACUUGGACUCAGUUUGUGCCUUUGUGGGAUGGGUUUUUAGCUUUUACUUUUUAGUAUUGAAUAGGUUUCUUUGUUUCAAACUACAUUGUAAAAGUUUCCUUUUCGAAGUUACUUUGCCGAGGUAACCCUACCCAUUCAAACCAUACACAUGUCCUAUACAGAAAUGAAGGAAGGAAUCAAGGAAAAAAGGAGGAACCAGGAAGCCUUCAUACAUAACUAGAGUACCCUGUAUCAUAAAGAGGCUUGCAGCAGCAAUCCACCCAUAUUUUUCAUGUAUCGCAUGCCUUAUCUAAUACUAUAUUUCACAUUUUUUUUAUAA